AUGCUUACACUGGAAGAUCACAUGGAAGGCAUCGUCAACAUCUUCCACCAGUACUCAGUUCUGACAGGGGAUCCUGAGACCCUCACUAAGAAUGAGAUGAGGAUGUUGAUUACAAGGGAACUUGCAAACACCAUCAAGAAGUACUGUGGAGAGAUGCAGGGCAAGGGAGAGAACACCAAAGAUCAAGAAACAGUUGACAAAAUAAUCCAGGAGCUGGAUGAUGAUGCAGAUCUAUUGAUCAACUUUGAUAAAUUCUUAGACUGGGUGGCCUUCGUGUUGGUGUCAAGGAAUAGAAAGCUCUAG